ACCAACUCUCGUGAGAUUGGUGAUUCACCCCGAGACUUGGCGAGACUUGACGCGUUGACGACAAACAAAACAUGGCGUAAAUUCCGGUUGGAAUGUCGGACAUUGUCCUGAUUUGAGUGCAUUUUGAACCCUUAAAUGGAAGCAGCGAUGGCCGGAGAGCUAGACGAAGAGUCCCUACAGGAGCUGUACUCCUGGAUAGACGAGAUCCCUUUGUCUAGACCAAAGAAAAACAUCACCAGAGACUUCAGCGAUGGCGUGAUGGCAGCAGAGAUCAUCAGACACUUCCAGCCCCGUAUGGUGGACCUGCACAACUACAGCCCAGCCAACUCCACACAACAGAAGCUCAGCAACUGGGGAACUCUCAACAGGAAAGUGUUCAACAAGUUGAACUUCCAAGUCCCUGAUGAUGUGAUGCGAGCGGUGUGUAACUGUAAGCCUGGGGUGGUGGAGGUGGUGCUGAACCAGCUCCGACUCAAGAUCGGUGCCUACAUGGAGAGGAGAAAGAAGUCAGCAGACACGGAAAUGAAGUCUCCGGAAGGUUACAACGAUUAUUACCAUAUGAAUGGCCACGACCUGUAUGGAGGAGGCAGGAGUUACUUACAGGACCCUUAUCCACUACCAGGAGUGCAAGCAUUACCAGAAGGACAAACUGGGCAAAAUACCUCACGACCACCCAGCCUCGAUGUUGACCCCUACCCCCAGUUCCGUGACCCCAGGAUGCAGAGAGCACAGAUGCCCAAGAUGUCUCCUCGAAACGGCUCCAUGGAGGGGCAGGAUAGGUGGGGCCGAGAGGGCAAAAAUGGCAUUGGAAGGCAUGGAGGUGGGGUAGUGAACGGAAAGGGACAACCAACAGAAAAUGGUGCCUCGGAAAGAAGAAGGUUUUGUGGAGGUCAGGUCCCCAGGACGAGGUCAAUGACCCGGGUCAAUGUAGAUGGCCUUGACCCUGAGGUGCGACUUCUGUUGGAGGAGAAGGAGCAGGCCUUCCUGGCCUCACAGGAAACGGUACAUAUCCUGAAUGCCAAGAUCCGUCGGCUGGAGCACCUGCUGCACCUGAAGGACAUCAGAAUAGAGGACCUGAACAGGAAGCUGGGGCAGUACUCACAGAACGGGCACUCCUGAAAUACUGCAGAGGACAGCAAAGCAGACCUUAGAUGUAGAAGAGAAAAAUUUGAAAACUAGACUUGUGCAAAGACAGGUGUUUCCUUCUCAUACUUGGAGAUGAAAGAUGAAGAGUUGUACAUUGUACAAAGAGGUGGAUGUUGUCAUCACACCUAGGCUGCAUGAAGCUAUUUCCUUGGCUUACAAUGUUUUCUGUCGAAACAAAGCAAGAGAACUAUGUGUAUGUUUUUACAGGUCAAGGUGAUGGUUAUAAUGUCAGUAUUACCACUGCCUCUUUGUUGAUGUACUGUCUUUCUUGUUUUUCACAAUGUCUCAAUGAAACAUGGGUAUAAAUUUCUGUAAACCAAUGCUUGUGUAGUCAAAGCUACUUUAUGUGUUCAAGUUUAAAGUUCAGAUCUUUAAGGUCUCCUCCGUCACUUGUAGCUGCGGUGAUGCUAGGCAGAUGAUAUUUUUGUAGGUUAAGUUUAAUGUGGGCGAAAGACUGUGGAGCUGUAAAUAUUAGUCAUCAGAGUUAUAAUCUGUUGUAUUUAUGGUGAUGUGGCACUUCAUAUUAACUUAUUAGACAUUUCACAUUUAAAUCAACUCAGAUUGUUCUUCAACCAAAAGAACAUAGGCAUUGGGUGAAGGAAAUACAUGUAGUAUCAGAUUGUACAUACCCUGUACGUCCUGUUAUGAGAUUGCUGUACAUAGAAGCAAAAGUAGAAUGAAUUGUACUUGGAUGACUAGUACCGUUGUCUUAAAACUGAGUAAAAGACUUGUGGCCAUGUUUAAGAAGUUUCAACAUUCCUUCUCAACCAUACAAGGCUUCCAUGUCUUGUGUGACAGGAAUUGCUGUCCAUAGGUUAUUUAUUAGUGUUAACAUUUGUGGUUGAAAAAUCGUAACAAUAUGCUUUAUAACAACAGAAUGUUGAAACUACAAAUACUAGUAGUUGUAAAAUAUACAGAUACUGUAGUACAGGUGCACAAGUUGAUACAGGUGAGGAUUUUAAAUGUGAGAUAAAGUCAUUCGUUGAUCAUCACAUGUCACUUGUGUAUCAUAAGGGAUAUGACCCGAGUACCCCCUUUGUAUAAUGUCAUUGUUCAGAAUUCUUGGAUUUUGUUUCCUGGUUCAUGAUCAGAAAGUUCAUGAAUAUGGAACAGCCCAUUCUCAUUUGCAAGGGGGGGCAGCUUUUUUAAUAAAGUGUUGCAAUUUUGGUCAAAACAUCUGUGACACAAACAAAGUCUGGCUGGACUAUUCCAAUGUAUUUAUUUGGAUAGUAUAGGAUGGUGGGCUAUAGGAUAAGCCAGUAUUUGUUGUUAACUUUUAAUCCUACUGCAAAUAGCAGCAGCAAAUUUCAAUGUCAAAAGCUUUAUAUAAAAUCAAACAUCUGGAUUGUCACAAGCAACCAGCUCAGUUACCAUAACAACAAAUGUGAUGGGGCCAAAGGAGUGCUCCCAGUCUGAGUAAAGUUAACUGCAUUGAGAUGAAUCCACAGUCCACAAGAGUUUCUCAUGGAGAAGUGUAAUAUACAUUCAAUUUGUAUGCCGUAAUAUUGUCUGACAAGAUUGCUAGGUAAAAGCCAUAGAUGUAAUUAUUGUUGACAGAGGUUGGUGUUGUUUUAUUGGUGAUAGGUGUUAAUAUUGGUGGUGAAGAUAUUAUGGUAUUGACGAUCACAUUCAAUGUAACAAAUUUUGUAAGUGAUCACAGAUGAUAUAGUUUUUAUACAAGUUGUAAACAAUGUAAUGAACAGUGUGGUUCACAGUUUGCCACUGAAUUUGAGUUCAUUUUCCACAGCAUUCUUUGUUGUAAUUCUAUUUUUACAUGUGCUAUGUGUAAAUAAAAUGUUUCUGUUUGAUCCCA